ACUGCAAACUCAGCUUUUUCAGUCCCUCCAGGCAGGAGGGGGUGGGAGGAUGGGGGUACAGAGUGCAUCGGCUGCAAACAGACGUGGCAGUAAUGCACCGUCAAGAGGCCAGACCACAUUUUCCAUCUUCAUGAUCACUUCCGGCCCUAGCCUCUAGGCUUCUGAUAACACACCCUUAACCCUCUAAGCACCUGGGACUCCACUCAGCCCCGGACUGUUUGAUUUACCCAUCUCAAAAACACAGCCAGCAGGUCGAUGACUGGCAGGCCUGUGCCCCCGGGACGCCAGGAGGAGGAGACAGCCAAAGACCUCGGGUUGAAACUGUCACUGGUGCGGGCUCCAGGCCACCUGCCCAGCAUUGAUGAGGCCCGACCAGCAGGCCUGGGCCCAGCCUCCCGCCGUGGCUCCAUGCUCGGUCUGGCCGCCUCCUUUUCCCGCCGCAACUCGCUGGCUGGACCAGGCAUGGGUCUUGGGGGUCGGCGACCAUCCUUGGGCUCAGUGCCUCCUUUAGGCUCACGGGUCAGCUUCUUGGGGUUGCCCCUGGCACUUCCCCGGAGGAUGGCGCCCUCAUAUCGCACUGAGCCAGCGCCCGGGGAGCGCUGGGAGGCCACGCAAGCACAACGUGCCCUGGAGGAGGCGCUGGCCGUGGGACUGCGAGACACAUGCUACUCUGACACCAAGGCCGGGCUGCUGGCUCGUGAGCUGUGCGAACUGGUGCACAACCGCCUGAGAGAGCUCAGCCCGCCGCGCUACAAGCUGGUGUGCAGCGUCGUGCUGGGGCAGCGCACCGGCCAGGGUGUGCACGUGGUCAGCCGCUCGCUCUGGGACGCAGCACAUGAUGGCCUGGCCUCUGCCACCUUCACCAACGCCUCACUCUUUGCAGUGGCCACGGUCCAUGGGCUCUACUAUGAGUGAGGAAGCAUCAAGUUCUGCAAA